AAAAAUAUAUAUCGUUUCAAAAUCAUAAAAGUAAUAUUCUAACAUUAAUAAUUGAAUGGUCUGCAAAGAUGAGUCACUUAAUGUUUGCUUUGUUUUAUGUCCUAUUCUCAUUAUUAAAAUGUAAUUAUGGCCAACAAUUUAAUAUUAUGGAUUCGUUUCAUAACUGCGAUAUGAAGAAAAACAAUAAGUGUUAUUUGUGUUUUAGUCUACCGCAUCAUGCACCUUUCACAUACCAAUCGAAAAUAUAUCCAAAUCCAAAUCCAAAGAAAAAAUAUACCUUACAAUAUGAAGAUGACAGAGGAUGGGUAAUAAAACCAAUGUCUGCAGCUGGCAACAACAAUUACGCAUGUCGUACUGAAACGGUACAUGUAAAUAGUUGCCAAUGUCCACCUAAAAUUAAAAGUAAAAAGACAACAAAAUUGGAUAAACCUAGAAUUUCAGUUCAGGAGAAAAAAAAGAAGAACAUUACAAGAAAUCGUCUGAAAUACAUAUGUGAUUGUUCCCAUGCAUCUCCAAUACAAACUAAAAAAAAACAUAAAGUACAAAAAGAAAACAUAGUUGACGAGAUUCCAUUUAACUCGAAUACAAGAUCAUUACAUGUACCUAUCGUUGAAAAUCCCUCUACAUUACCUCUUCCUCCUAUUUCAAAAGAGGCAACUACUAUUACUAAACAUUUUUCUAAAUCUGAACCUAGACUGUCCAUGCAUAGAACACAUAAAGCUACCUCAAUGCGCGGCUUCACUUCUAAACCAAUGUCUAAACGAACAUCUAUGUGUUACAAGCGUUCUGCUAGUCAACAAUCUAAGGCUGUUAAAGUUAAUUCGUCUCACAAGUGUAAUAUUAAAAAGGCUCAACAAUUUUAUUUAGUAUCUCCGUAUCAUCGUCUCUAUUUCCCAAAGAAAAUGCAGAAGACUGUGAUGUUUGAUCGUAAUACCGUUCGCAAUGUAAAAAAAAAUUGUAAGACUAGUAAAGAGAAAAAAGACAAACGGCGUCAACCGGCAUUUGGAAAAAGAUUAUGUUAUCUUUCUAAAAGUUACGGUUGCGAUAUAAAAAAUGCAGUUAGUGGUGUUGAAACGGCAGCUUGGGGUAAUGGUAUAAAAUGUGAAAAUUUGUACAUGAAUACCUUUAUACGACGGCCUUGUUAUUGGAUAUAUAAAUGUUGUCCCUCUGUAUAUCCAUGUUUUUUAGACUGUCACAAGUUUUUUGUAAAUAUUUUCCACGCUUUGAUGUUCGUGCUAACUACAUGUACGAGGCCUACUUAA